AUCCUGGAGAGAAGAAUCUAUAGCGCUGGCACGGAAUGCUCGUAAAUAACCCGUUCGCGUAUUAAAGGGCUGAUUUUUCAGGAUACAGAGCUUUAUACAGUGCCAUCCCUGCACAAUGUGGCAGUUGGCAUUUCUGCCAAUAAUUGCUGAUGCCUCGUAAGAAGCAGACCGCAUGCAACGCACGCAAACAAUGCCUGGCGUUCCUGGAGAGCCCGAAGAAGGGUCUGUGCCACGAGUAUGGACUUCCUCCUGAAAAGGCCGCCCACCCUGUAUGUGUGCCCACCAGACCUCUGGAUGCCAAUGCAUCUACCUCUUGGGUCUCCCCGCAGUUUGAGCAGGCAGAAGAACUGCAUUUCCCAGCGCGUCGGAGACUCCGUCAUUUGUCCAGCAACAGCACUUUGCAGAACCGCACGCGGGAUGGGAACCGCAGUCAGCUGAGAGGUGGUGGAACGAGACACAACGCCUGCAAAUUCCCCUCCUUGUCGUUUACGAAAGGGACUUCUGAAGCACCAAGAAAACGCUCCGUUUGUGCCAGACUAAGGCCAGCGAUUCCUAAACAAGCCGGGGGGACAAGACCUGUGUUACUCUCUCCCCUUCCACAAGAAGACUCAUGCAGCAAAGUAAUGAGCCCCCCAAAUGUACGGACCCCAGAAACCAGCCUUAACUGUAAUGAGAGUACAGACUUACCUAAUGCAAUCCCUGCCCAUAGGUCACCGGAUAGAGAGCAAGAUGAGCACAGGGAUGGGUUUGACUCCCCAGUGCUGGAGGGCCUCUCUCGUGUACUUGCAGAGGAUACUCCAGAGCACGAGUAUGGCGUGAAAAACACGUGGAGGCGGAGGCAGCAACUCAUGAGCUACCUGAAAGCACGAGGACGGCUAAAAAGCAACCAGAUUCUGGUGCCAACGUGAAAAGAGGGAAGGGUCCCGGAUUCAUUGAACAUAUGCACUGACUCACGAGCAGAACCUCUGCUCAGAACUGUAAUACACAGGCAGGGACUGGCCUAUUAAAUAAGAGUAUUUGUCACUCAUUGAAACAAAUUAAACCUUCCUAUGCACU